UUUUUAUAUAUGUGAAUUUCAUACAUUGAUUUAGUUCAGUAAUGCAAUAUAAACAUUGACGUUUCCGUAGUUUUGAUGGAAUAAUAUAUAUUUUACCUCAAACCACAAUUAAAGUUUCCCAUAUGUAUUUUAAUCAAUAAAACAAAAACUUCCCAUUUAUUUUGGACUAAAAUUUUUUAUUUGAACUCUUCCGAAAGUUUAAUACAUAAUUUCAGCCUUUGAGAAUGAUGGAAACUGUGAAUCCGGUUACAGUUGACACUGUAACCCCUGAAAUGUUGGCAGCGCGAGAAAAGCUCAGAUCUCGAAUGGGAGUCACUGGAACACAAACAGGAGGAAAGGGAACCGCCAGGAGAAAACUUAAGAAAACUACUAAAUAUGUAGGCGACGAUAAAAGGUUACAAUACGCCCUACGCUCAAUAGGAGCUGCAAACAUUCCUGGAAUAGAGGAGGUUCAAAUUCUCAAGGAAGAUGGAUCGUUAUUGACAUUCACUAACCCAAAGAUCCAAACUGCUCCAAACGCUAAUACAUUUGUUGUAACUGGAGUGGUUGAGGAAAAGGAACUUUCCUUCCCAGAUAUCCUCCAACAGCUUUCAGCUGCAGGAUUUGACCUUCCUAAGAAUGAACAUGAAAAGGACGGUGAUUUAGAAGAGACAACGGACGUACCAAAACUCGUGGAAGUUUUUGACGACGUCACUCAAAACACAGAUUCUACAAGCUAACACAUUUAAUUUUAUAAGUCAUUUCUA